AUGGCGGACGAAAGUGGAGAUUUUCACCAGCAGCCAAAGAGAGCUAAAUUAGCUCUCAGAAAGUACACUAAAUUGCCAAUUUGGAUAUGCGAGAAUCACGAUGAAGUGCUAUACUAUAUUCACAGAGCUAUUGGAUCGCGGCAUCUUGCAUAUGAAGGAAUAACGGUUCUCCAUUUUGACUCUCACCCGGAUCUCACUGUUCCAGUAAAGAUGACAGCCGACACAGUUUUCGAGCAAGAAAAGCUGUAUGAAGAGAUCAGCAUUGCAGACUGGAUUCUUCCCGCUGUAUAUGCUGGACAUGUGAGUCGAGUAAUUUGGGUAAAACCACCCUGGGCGGAUCAGAUUAAGGAAGGAGUGUUCAACUUCAAAGUUGGUAAACACAAGAAGACGGGUUUUAUAAGGUACAACUGGUAAACCGUGUUAACGGCCCCCUAAAUCAGAGAUAAGGCCCGGGGGGUACUGCAAUAUAUGGGCUAUAUGGGUACGUGUCACUGUGAAGGGUAUGGUUUUCAAGCAGUUUGCUCUGGGAUUGCUGGUUUUCAGUGUCACGCUAUUUAAAAUAGAUCAAAAUAAAAAUCAAAACCGUUCAGUAGAUGAAGUCUGGAAUCUGGGAAUAAAAGGAGGUAAAUAUACAAAGACCCUCGCCAAGAUUCAGGUCAGAAGAAUAUUCUUUAUACGAGAUAUCCGAAGAAAUGUUUUACCCAAAUUUAUAGAGAUUUGUAUGGAGACCCCAUGCUGGUGCCCACCUGGAUGGGCACCAACAUAGCAGACGAAAAAAAACCAGAAACAUCUGUUCCCGAGUUUUGGUACAAAAGUGUGAAUUUAUUCCUCGAGGAACUCAUAAACAUUAAAGUAAUACUUUUUCUAAUACAUGAACUGUUAAGAUAGAAUAAUUCCCCCGAACGUCAGGUUUUUAACCUACAUGACAGCUCUCUCGGCCGUCAUGUAAAUGCCACGUCACACAAAAGCUUAUGAAUCCAAGCAUUCUCUAUCACAAAACCAAGAACUCUUUUGAAGCGAAAAUUUGUAUGAAAAUUAGUUUUCAGCUGCUCUAAUAUAUCACAAAAGUAAAAUCUCAGUAGGAUCGAUAGUCUCGUAGCUUGAAUUUUAGUGACAUCAUGUGAAAACCAACAAUAGGGUAUAUAAAUCAGAGAGUCUGAGUCUAGAAUAGGGUAUCAUUUUCCAGGAAACUGAUCAGUUGGUUGAAGAUUUUAGUCUAGACUAGGAAAAAAGGGAAUUACCACUCAAAAUCAAAUCGGCAAGUUUAAGUGUACUCAACUCAGCCUAAAAGCUAGCCUAGGAAGCAGGGGAGGGGGGGCCCGGGGAAAGGGGAGAUUUGGGGAGUUCAGUCUAGGGUAGCAAUAUUCAGCUGAACUAGCUCUUGUAUAGGGUAAGGGUUCCAGGGUCCCAGCACCCAAGAAUUCCGAAAGUAACCCCCGGAGGUAAGGACGACCAAAUUACAGAAUACAGGGUCACUUAUUAUAAUAGUAUAUAAUUAUGCCUUGUCUGUUAAUUGAAGCAUUUAGACAUCAUAAUACUUGAAAAAUGAGGAUUCUAGAAGGAGGAUUCCAGAAGGCUGUAAACAUCAUAAAAACUGGCCACUUCAGAUACAUCUAAAAAAAGCUGCUCCUGUAGUCUCAUGCACAGUCUCAAAUUUAUGUUAAGUAACAAAAGCACUGAAAAAUCAAGCCAAACUGCACAUGAUUCUUCUUCAUCAACCAUGGGAUGGUGGGACAGUUGGAGUAGUAGUUUUUCUUCCUGCCUAAUAUUGAUAGUUUCAUCAACUUAAAGGCUACAGGACUCUUGAAGCUGAUUAUUAAUAUAUUAUACUAUCCUUUUAGAGUGACAUGCUCAGAAGUAUAUUUUGUGGAAGAACUUCUUUAUGCUGACGAGGAGUCGUUAGACAAUUGCAAAGCUCUUGAGCUUGUUGUGUGCACUGUAAAACAUGGAUUGAUGCAAAACAAAGACAAUACAGUUCAAUCAGAUGCUCAGAACACAGAAAGUGAAACCUCAGAAUUGCAUGAGAAGAGUAAGCAAAGUGGAAAUGAUCAAUCUAAUCAAGUUGAGGGGUGCAAGACAAAGUUCGCUUUAAAUUCAGCUAAUUCCAUUUUGGGAGAGAGGGGAGCAAAAGCUGUUGAUUGUGGACAAAAACCAUUCGAAGAGGGGCCAAAUGCAUUCCAAGAACACAACAGUGAUAAAGUAACGAAAAAGGGAAAAUAUGAGAUUGAAUGCUCUGCACAGGACAGCUCUUUUAUUGCAAAUACAAAAGGAGUUGAAUUAAAUCAUCCACGCAAAGAGAAGGGCCAAAGUAUGGAUGGAGAAGGAACAAUGGCUGAUGUUUGUAACAUUUUUGCAAACAUAAUUUUACAAGAAAAUAGUUUAAUUCUGGAUAUAGACAUGGACUACUUUUCAACACAGAAUCCAUUUAAACUAUUGUAUACAGAGGUAAGUUAAGGUAUGAUUUGCAGUAAAUUUGUUAUAGUAGUUCCCUACACAGGUGUCCUUUUGGCUUUUCGUGUAGCCAUACCAUCCUUGUCAAGAAAGUGGGAUAUGAUAAGACUAAAGGAUCUCUACAUUUUAUAUGAGGCUUACCACUAGCAAAGACAUGAAAGUAGUUACCUCUGGUCUGUUGGCAAUCUUUGUCACCAAUGUUAUUAUGAAUUUCUAUAAUUAUCCUAUCUAUUAUUGAUAUUAUAAAUUACACAAUUCAUUACACAGACGAUAGUGAACUUACACAACAGGACAGGAGAGGAAAGAUGACGGCAAACCUUGUGUGACAAAAUUUUGUUUGGAAAAACCUUCUGCCAAACUUCACGUUCCUUUAAACAUCUUUUUUGUAGAAGAGCAAAAACUCACUCAAAAGGGUUUACCAUUUAAAAGAUUUUUGAAAUUUAAGAAAUUGAUCACUUUUAAUUUGUUGGAUAUCGCUAGGGCGAAUAUUAUUAGAAAUUUUAUUAGAAAUUUUUCUGUCAGUAAACAUGUUACAGCUAUAAUGCUUUUUUGUAGGAUGACUUUAAGUCCUUAAGAGAUAUUUACAGAUUUGAGGAACCUUCAUCAACGAACAAUGAGGUACUAGUACAAUCAUUAUUCAAAGUGGACAGACUGCAAAUUAUACUAGCUGCUAAAAAAUAUAUCUAUGUGUCAUAACUGUUCAUCAGUAUUAUAAAGGUGCCUAAAAUGUGUGCAAUUCCAAAAUUGGUUUUGGCCCCAUUAAAUCCUAUACCAAUUGCAGAACAUUUUAGGAGGAGCCACCCACAAUGUGAGCACAGUCACAGACAACACAUAUAAGUGAGGAAAAUAAUGCAAAGUAAAAUUAAGACGGUAUUUGACGAACUAAAAUUAAUGUACGCAUCAAUUAUAAAAUAAAUAAAUAAUCCAUGCGCACAAAUAAAACUGUGCACAAGAUACAACUGAAAUACAAAUCUAUAAGUAAUAAAUAAGUUAUGUAAGGAUAUGAUGGUGCAAUUCAAGCCUGGAUUGCUAAUCCCAUGUCCUGCAGGGCCGCACCAUACUUCUUGACGAUAAGACCAUGGUGAUUGAAGAAUUUAGUAAAUGAUUUCUGGAGCAGAUUGGUUUCAAAGCCUUGUUGUCUGAGACAUGUUGUUUGAAAUGCAUUGGCCUAUAAAGUUGACCUAUAAUAUGGAGUUCUAUGGUUUCUGUAACAGUGUAAUAAAAAAAUAAUAUAAUUGUAUUCAUUGACUUUCUAGGAUUUGGAGAGAUGCAUAAAAGUACGCCAAGUACAAGUGGAGCAGAUUGAAUCUACUUAUAAAUAUUUACAAGAACAUUCAUCUUGUAUCACUGAUAAAAUGUCUGAUACCUCUAUCUUAAACCAAGAUCUUGUGAAACUUGCAGAUAAAAUAAAACUGGAAAAGGGUGGCAAGCUUGAUUACGACAUGGUAAAUUCUUAGUAAGGGUGCUUUUGGUUUUUGAAUGAUAGUAAUAAUUAUCAUUUAUUAUUAUCAAAUAAUAAAUUACUUUGCAAGUUCUCUGAUAGUUCAAUGUAGGAAAUGCAUGCCCCCAGCUGUACUAAAAGCAGCAUGCAUCAGUUUUAAAUGUUUCUAAUAGCACAGUCUAAAAAGGUCUUAAUUCAGUUAAUAUUAUGCACAAGUAAUUCAGAGUAACAAAAAAACAUUUUUGACUAUCAACAAUCUUUUCAAAACACAAGAAUCUUUUGAAGAACACAACAAUCUUGAAAUAUUUUUCUUUAACAGGAAACAACCAUGAGAUUAAGACAGGGCAGUAACGUUUAUCUUAAUUACAAUAGGUAAGAGAGUCAUAUAAUUAUCUGAGUCUAAAUACUGAUCAUUACUCUCUUAGCUUCACUCUUCAGGAAUGUCAUCAGAAAUACCUCAUCAUGUGAGUUCCUCUGAAAUGAUUGAUAGUCUCAUGGUCUCCAUGGCAACAUUACUGAAGACUGUUCCAAAACCUACUUUAAUCACAGCAGCUAGGUAUGUUCUUGAAGUUGUUUGUUAUUGAGUUAUUUUUAUGUGUUGGUAAUAAUAAACAUCGGUACUCUGGAUUGUCAAGCAUUGUAUCACCAUCCAACUCAGACUCAGGCUAGUGAUAGGGGUACCUGGAGAAAAACUCAAAUUGACUGACAAACUGCAACAUUCUCCUUCCAAUUUCUCUCGGAAACGCUCACAAAUCAAAAAGGGAAUUUGGAUAUUAAAUCAGGACUCAUCCAAUUCAGGGCCUUUUCCAUGCAGCCCUUCAAAGGUCUACAGUGUAUUCUAGCCUGCAUACACACAUCUACAUGCCUGCCUGAACAAACCUCUAGCCUGCGUAGCAAGUGUUUCCGCAUGAGUUCUUUGAGAAAGUUGGGACGAGAGCAAAAAAAGGCUUCUAUCUUGAUGAGCUGUCAAUAUACAAAUGAACCGAACCGUGAAAUAUCAAGGGGAGUUUUCCUGAAUCGUGGCGUUUGCGGGCAAGCGUUUCCUCUUCUCCCCUCCCCUCCCCCCUUCCAUUUUUUUUGCUCUCGCUCUAACUUUCGUGCUAUAACUCGAUUGGAAAUGCUUGCUACGCAGGCUAACAAACCUCAGGAAUUUCUCACCAUUCUUGAUACCAUGUAUGCCCCAGGGGGGCCUGUGACUAUAGGAGGGGCAUUUGAACACCAUUUUUGGCUUGGGAGGUUAGGACCAGGGCCCAGUUGUUCAAAAGGUGGAUAACACAAUUUAUUUUCCUUAGGCUAAUACUUAUCUGGACUGGAUAGCGAUUUAUCUGGUGGAUAGCACUAUCCAAUGUUUGAAUAACUGGAGCCUGGACAAGUCAAACUUCAAAAAUUCAAAUGUCCUGUUUUCUUUUCCUUUUGUGGUAACUCUGGGGAGGGGUGGGUAGGGCACAGACAUACCUUGUAUGUAAUCAUAAUACAGGGAGAAGAAAGUUUUGGAGGUUUUGAAUGGAGAGGUACAUUUUUAUUGGGACAAGAUGGAAGAAAAGAUGUGGAAUUUAGGUAGAAAUGAAUUUUUAAGAGGAAUAUAAUAGGCUCCUUUAUUCAUCUACAAGAAGUGCCUUUGAUUAUUACACAUGUCAUGGAAUAAAUAAUAUUGAUUUGAUCAGCAUAGGAUUCAAAACUUGUUUUUUCCUUUUUUUGUUCAGGUCAUCUUAUGAUGAUUACACUCCAGCAUACCAGGUAGAAUACAUCCAAUCUUCCCUUCUUCAAGUACUGUCUUCAUGUUAUGGUGAAAAUCUUAUAGUAAACAAAUGUUAUCAAACACCGUAG